ACAUCACCAGUCGUUCGAUCCACCAUUUUCCCCAAUCUGAAAAAAAUCUCAAACAAAUCCCUCUGUUUUCCGCAAAUUCAGAUCCAACGAUGAACGAUGGAGAUGUCUCCAAGCAGAUCCACCAGAUGGUCCAAUUCAUCCGUCAAGAAGCCGAUGAAAAAGCUAACGAGAUCUCCGUUUCAGCAGAAGAAGAAUUUAACAUUGAGAAAUUGCAAUUAGUGGAGGCAGAGAAGAAGAAGAUCCGACAAGAAUAUGAGCGCAAACAGAAGCAAGUUGAAGUUAGAAAGAAAAUUGAAUAUUCCAUGCAACUCAAUGCUUCUAGAAUCAAGGUUCUUCAAGCACAAGAUGACUUGGUUAGUGCCAUGAGAGAAGCAGCAUCGAAAGAUCUUUUGAAUGUUAGCCAUCACCAUCAUCACCAUGAUAACUAUGAAGGACUGCUGAAGUCUCUUAUCGUUCAGGGUUUACUGAGACUUAAAGAACCAUCUGUGUUAUUGCGUUGCCGGAAAGAAGACGUGCAUAUGGUUCAUGCUGUUCUUCAUGCCGCUAAGGCAGAGUAUGCUGAGAAAGCACAUGUUCAUCCUCCUGAGAUCAUAGUUGACAGUAUUCACCUUCCAUCCGCCCCUUCCCAUAGUGAUCCUCAUGCUCUUUCCUGCUCUGGAGGUGUGGUUUUGGCUUCUCGGGAUGGUAAAAUUGUGUUUGAGAACACGCUUGAUGCUCGUUUGGAUGUCGUAUUCCGUGGGAAACUUCCUGAGAUCCGCAAGCUUUUGUUUAGCCAGGUAGCUGUCGCUUAAACGUUGAUGAUGAUGAUAUCUAUUUAUUCCAAGUUUGUCGGUAUUUUGAUGAGAGGGACCUGAAUCGGAUGAUUUUCAGUGUAAUUUGUGUUUUCUCGGGUCAUCAUCGUUAUGUUAUCACGAGUCUUUGCUGAGCGGACGCUUGCUUGAGUUGAGGCAUGGCAAUAGACGCGUCCCAUUUGUUUGAAUAAAUUAAACAUUGCGUGUUACAUUCAUGUGUAUUCUUUCAAGAAUUUUGACACUUUUCGCUAGGCUUUGGGUGGUUUAAGUGUAUAAUGCCUUAAGACCUUGUUUUGAACCGUAUGUGCUCGUGCCUCGUGGCCUACUUAAGAGAUUGUUAAAACUCAUAUCUGUAUAAUAGUUUCUUUCAUGUGUUUAGGGUUUGUUACUA